GAUAAUAAACGUGGGAAAGGCAUCUUAGAAAAAAGGAAAAAGCAACAGCGGGAGUCAUCGUCUCUUGUGAUCUCCGAACACAACACAAACACAUACUAAGCUUCAGAAUCUUUACUCUCUCUCUCUCUCUCUUCCCACGCCCUUCAAGGACUCUGUCUUGUUCGAUCUCUUUCUCUCUCUCUUUUUCUCCUUCAUAACUCGUGUCUUCAACCAACCAGAUGGCAAUGCCGGAAACCAUCCCUCUGACUACUCCCAGUGCUCAAGUUGUUGGAAAUGCCUUUGUGGAGCAAUAUUAUCACAUUCUGCACCAAUCUCCAAACUUGGUGCACAGGUUUUAUCAGGAUUCAAGUUUCUUAACCAGAUCAGACAACAAUGGUGUGAUGACAACUGUGACAACUGUACAAGAAAUCCAUGAGAAGAUUAUUUCCCUGAAUUAUGAUGAAUAUACAGCAGAAAUAAAAACUGCUGAUGCUCAGGAGUCGCACAAGGGAGGUGUGAUAGUUUUAGUAACUGGAUGCUUAACUGGGAAGGAUAAUGUGAGAAGGAAGUUCUCACAGACAUUCUUUCUGGCUCCACAAGAAAAAGGAUAUUUUGUCUUAAAUGAUGUCUUUAGGUACAUUGAGGUGAAUGAUGCACCGCAGCUAAAUUCUGCCUCAGUAAAUGUCAUCAGUGAAAAUGCUGAGACAGUGCAUGAGCCAGAAUCAGAGGAAACACAUGCUCCCAAACAUCUUGUGGAAGACACUGCAACUUCAGCUUUGGCAGAGGAUGAAAACCAUAAUAAUGGUGGUGAAGUUUAUCAUCCUCAGGAUGAAGAAGAAGGAUCAGUUAUUGAUGAAGAGGUCGCUGAACCGCCUACCGACUUAAGUCAGAAUGAUAUUGUUACGGUUCAUGAUUCAACUUCUGCAGCCCAGGAUGAUGCACCAAGGAGAUCAUAUGCAGCCAUUGUAAUGAAAAGUAAUGUAGCAUCUGGCCAUGUCUACGUUCCCAGCCGAGCUGCUAGAGUGGCAUCUGCUAAAUCCAGUGAACAAUGGCCUACUACUGCCAAAUCAACCCCUGUGCCUGAGUCAUUUGCUCCUAUUGGUGAUGGUGCACCUGAGAGUAGUGACCUUCAUGAAGAAGUUGAAGGUCACUCCAUAUAUAUACGAAACUUGCCAUUUAGUGCAACAGUUGAGCAACUUGAAGAAGUCUUUAAGAAAUUUGGUCCUAUUAAGCAUGGUGGUAUUCAAGUUAGAAGUAGCAAGCACGGAUUCUGUUUUGGCUUUGUUGAAUUUGAAGAAUUGAGUUCCAUGCAAAGUGCACUUGAGGCUUCACCUAUCACUGUUGGUGAGCGACAAGCUGUUGUUGAGGAAAAAAGAACUACUACACGAGUCAGCGGUAGUGGGAGAGGGAGGUAUCCUCCAGGUAGAGGUGGUUUCCGAAGCGACAGUUUCAGAGCACGUGGGAAAUUUGGUGGUGGACGAGGUUAUGGCAGAAAUGAAUUCAGAAACCAAGGAGAAUUCUCAGGGCAACCUAGGAGUUCUCAACGGCCAAAUCAAAAUGGUGGUGGGCGUGGUGGUGGACGUCAAGGUGUGGGGAACCGUAAUUCUACACCAUCAUCUUCAGCAGCAUGACCAUAUUGGCUAAUUAAAUAAGAAAAAAGACAAACAAAAACAAUACAAAAGAAUCUGGUGGGUUGAUUAUUUUUUAUAGGAAAAGGAAACCAAACACCUUUUUCUUUUCCCUUUAUUUAGGCACGAGUUCAGGUUUCUGACUAUCAUCAGUGCAAUCAUUCAAUGGAAGAUUAGUGAGUUCAUUAGUACUUGCAGAGGUGUUUUGGAUAGGUCAUGUAUUUCUUUUUUUUUCAGUACCAAUGCACUCUUCUUCCAUCUUCCCUUUUCCUAAGUUAUUGAGCAAGAUGUGUUCCUGCGAUUGAGUUGUUACACGAAUCUCUGUUGUGGAGGGUUUAUAUGUAAAUUGGUACUAUGUGUAUUCUUUUCCUUUUUUCAUAAACUUAAUGAAAACUGUCCCUACAAUUUUAACCCA